UACCAACACAAGUACUUAUUGUUAGAGCAUUAAUCUUCCGAUUUUGACUCCACACAUGACAAGGAGGCGGAAAUGCGAGGGAGAGUUGUGGUGAAAGUUGAUACACAACCCCCGGCGCAUGUUAGUGAGAAGGACCUCCAAUUGAGAGCGGAGAAACUGAAGAGAAAGGCGGACAUCUCGAAGAAGAUAUCAAAAUCAAAAGCACUGUAGCAAUCCUAUUCUCUGCUUCUAAACCAAAGCUUCUCCUACUGCAUUACUCGCCCCAUUUGUCCCCCUCUAUUCGCAAUCUCUGCGCCUCUGUUCGUUCUCGGUUCGAUGGAGUCCUCCGCUGCUCUCCGUUCUUUUCACCGUCCCAUAAACACCAUGUUACACGUGCGAUCCUCACUUGAGAAGCCAUAUGUAAUUCCCAUGCAUAAUGCCAUACGGAACUCUGGACUUAACUUCCAAUGGUUGGCAAAUGGUGAGAAGCACCUCAGUUCUCAAUUCAAGUGGAAGCGAACACUAAUAACAUGUGCAAAAUCAACUGAAACUAUCAAAGCAAGCAAGUUAGAUGCUUCUUUGUCUAGCUCUUCACAAGACUCCUCAGAGAAAAAGCCCUUGCAAACUACCUUUCCUCAUGGAUUUGAGGCUUUAGUAUUAGAGGUUUGUGAUGAGACUGAAAUUGCUGAGCUGAAAUUAAAGGUCGGAGAGUUUGAAAUGAAUCUUAAGAGAAACAUCGGAGCAGCGACAGCUCCUAUGCCCAUUGUUUCACCAGGUACACCACUACCUAUUCCAACUCAGGCCGUGGUUGAAUCAGCCCCUGCAUCACCUCCUCCAAAAUCAUCUUCAGAGAAAAAUAGUCCAUUUGUAAAUGUUUCCUUAGAGAAGUCAUCAAAGUUGGCAUCAUUGGAGGCUUCUGGCAACAAUACUUUUGUCCUAAUAUCAUCACCGACGGUUGGCUCAUUCCGAAGAGGUAGGACUGUGAAAGGAAAGAGGCAACCUCCUAUCUGUAAAGAGGGUGAUAUAAUCAAAGAAGGACAAGUCAUAGGGUAUUUGGAUCAGUUUGGCACCGAACUUCCUGUCAAGUCUGAUGUGGCUGGAGAAGUAUUGAAGCUACUUUAUGAGGAUGGAGAGGCGGUUGGUUAUGGAGAUCCUCUCGCUGCUGUGUUGCCGGCAUUCCAUGAUAUCAAGUAAGCAAGCCGUUUCCUAGUGACGACGAUUUGUCUUGCUGAUGUUCAAAGAUAGAAAGCUUUGGGAUAUGGAACUUUUUUUUAGGGCUUCAUUGGGAUAUGGAACUUAGGUUGUUCAUUUAUUUUUCGAUUUUGCGCCGGUCCAGGGGUUUUUUUGUUUUGGGGGGGGGGGGGUGUUUUUGUAUGGGCUUGUUGGUGGAAGAGUUUCAGCGGUGGAUUCAACAAUAAUUGCUAAUAUCUGUGUAUUCGAGUGGCACAUCCUUUGACGAUGAUAGUACUUUGUACCCUGGUUUCAUAUUUUUUUUAUUAGAAAUACAUACAAAAGAGAAUCUUAUUAAACA